AUGAGUACUAUGAGAACACAGAUAGCACCAGCAGCGGACAACUACUCUUCUUCAGCACCGGACAAGAUGGAACUAUGGGGAGACGAUUCAACGCGCCUUGGACUUGUGGAAGCACAACGAACUAUUGCAGUGUUAUCGGAAGCAUCGAAGAAGGCGGCUAUUGUGCAUUAUCUGAGUGGAAUUAAUGCUAUUCCUCGUGUGGAUCCUACCGUCGCUGCUGCUUUUUCGGCAUUCAAGCAAGCUCAAUCUCAAGUUAAUGAUAUGUCGGCUAAGAAGGAUCCGAGUUCAGAAGACGAAUUAAAAUCAGCAACAGAAUCCCUACGCUCAUCUACCCGUCAAUUAUGCCGUGCAGUCAUAUCAUCAGCAUCAGCACUAUCGAAUCUGAAACAAUUAGAGGCUAGUCAAGCACCAAAACAGAAUGAAGGACGCAAGUUUUUGGAAUUGUUGAGAGAAGUUCGAGUAGCCUUAUUCGAACGAUUGAGAAUGUCUGCUGACGAAGAAAAGACGAGGACAGAGAGGCUGGCCGCCUUAUUAGCCAAAGAGAGAAAGACUACAACGGAAGUCAGUCAAUUAACGGCAGAGCUGGUUGCUGCACGAGUUGACCGAGAAAAGCAGGUCAGGAUAAAGAAGGAGGUUGUUAGAAAGUUAAAAGAUGAAUUGGCGACAAUCAAGGCACAGAAUGAAGACAUUGUCAGGAAGAUUGAAUCCAAGUCUAGAAGCAAGCAACAAUCUGAACUCUCGAGCUUUAGCGAGAAGGAAUCCACAUUCAAAGCCGAAAUCGCCACUCUUUCAGCCCAACUCGACACCUCCAUCAAGACCCACCGCGAAGAAGAAUCCAACAUGCGUAGACGCAAAUUCAAGAUUGAAUCUGAAGUCGAGAACUGGAUUCACAAGUACGAUCAAGAUAUGGAAGAGAAACAGAAUGAAUAUGAUGAACUUUUGUCUGUAUUCUUGGAAGAAAAGGCCCAACUGGACGAAAUAUCAACCCGACACAAGCAAUUACAGAAUGAAUAUAAUGCCUUUGUGGAAGAACGACAAAAGAAUCGACCGGAUUCGUCUCCUGCUGAGGGUGUUGUUGAAGCUAUUUUGGAAGAGGAAGUUGAGGAUGACGGUGCUGCACCUGUUGCUGCUACGCUUUCUGCUAGUGUUACAUUGGCUAGUCCGGAUGCUGAAUAG